AUGAAGAUAACUGAUGCAGUUAAAUUAGUUAAUAUUUAUAUUCAAUAUUAUGAAGAUCUACAGAAACUUAAAAAAGAAUAUUUUAAACUAGAAAAGAAAGAGCCUUUGCUAAAAAUAUUUAAUACUAUCAAAUAUUUUGAUGAUGAACAAUAUCAAAAGUCUAGAUUACAUGCUACUCAGAUAUUAAUAAAUAAUGAAUUAUAUGAUUUGAUCAAUAAGAUUAUUAGAAAGGCAGUUAAGAACAAGAGAUUUGUAGUUGUUGGUUAUAAUAUUACAACUCGUUGUCUAUUUGAUGCUAAAGUGAAAAUAUUAUUAUUAGCUGAAUUUGAAAUACAUGUAGCUUGA